UUGUUGCAAAUUACGGCCUUAGUUAACGCUGUUGGCGCCAUUGUGUUUCGAAAAGCUGAAUUUUGUAGUUUUACGUCCAAAACAUCUUGGAAUCUCAGCCUGCAGGCAAACCCACUAUAAGCUGAAUACCUUGGAAGGUAGCACUUAGUACUGCGGGGAUAAAUCGGAGGUGAAUGACCCAGCAUGUCAAAGGGCAGAGGGCAUCACAGUGUUUUGCCCAAGAUCAUAUAUCCGCAGGGGCUGAAAGAAAUCUCUACAGAUCUGCCGAAAGAUGAGCUCAUCCGAAGACUCAAGGUCUUGGCCCGCUCCUUCCAAGACAUGGAACAGGAAGAGGAAGCCACACAAUAUGAGCCAUUAGCUCUGUACCUGGUCAACGGUGGCUUCUUCAAGCAUCCCAAUAAAGAUGUCAGGUUGCUGGUGGCAUGCUGUAUCGCUGAUAUCUUCCGUGUCUUUGCGCCGGAGGCCCCCUAUCGCACUGGGGAACAAUUACGGGUGAUCUUCCAGUUUCUGAACAAGCAGCUGUGGGGUCUGGAGAAUGUUGAUGGCCCGUCCUGGAAGCGUUACUUCUACCUGCUGGAGAACCUAGCCAUGGUCAAAUCCUUCAAUAUCUGCAUGGAGCUGGAAGACUGCAAUGAGAUCUUCGUAGAACUCUUCAAUGUCUUCUUCAGCAUCACAGGUGAGCAGCACACUCCCAAGGUGCGUACCUUCAUGCUAGACGUCAUGUGCCCUCUGAUCAGCGAGAACGAUGCCGUACCCCCGGACCUCCUGGAGAUAAUCUUGUCCAAUCUCCUGGAGACCAAGAAGGCUGAGAACCCACACGCCUUCCAGAUGGCUAAGGAGCUGAUCAAACGGACGGCUACAAGCAUCGAACCAUCCAUCCAAGCAUUCUUCAACAACAUCCUGAUCCUUGGCAAGACGUCAGAGACGGAGCUGGCCAGCCACUGCUACUCCCUGAUCUACCAACUCAACACAGUCUCCAGCACCCUGCUACUCUCUGUCCUACCCCAGCUGGAAUUCAAACUCAAGAGUAAUGAUGAGAGGGAACGUCUGGCAGUUACCAAGCUCCUAGGCCAGAUGUUCUCCAACAAGGAUUCGGACCUUGCAUCUCAGAAUAAAGCCCUGUGGAAUUGCUUCCUUGGAAGAUUCAGUGACAUCAGCACCAGCAUACGCUCAGAGUGUGUCCAGUUUGUCCAGGAGUUUAUCACGCAUCACUCCUACCUCAUCAAUGAUCUCAUAGAGAAGCUGCAGGCUCGAGUGCAUGACACGGAUGAAGGGGUGCGUCAGGAGGUGGUGGCAGCGAUAGCCAGCGCCGCUAAGAGAGACAUCACCAACAUCAGUGAUGAGAUGCUGACCCUCAUUAGAGACCGCACCCUGGACAAAAAGUGGAAGAUUCGUAAGGAGGCUAUCCUAGGCCUGGCUCAUAUCUACAAGAAAUGGCACAACAGCGACGAUCUGUCAAUGCAAGAACGCAAACGCUUGUCCUGGAUCAAAGACAAAGUGCUCCACAUGUACUAUCAACCCAUCAUUGAAGACAGGUUGCUUGUGGAGAGAGUCUUCACCAUGACACUGGUUCCCUACACCCUGGAGGUCAAGCAGCGUAUGAAGGCACUUCUGCACCUGUUUGCCACAGUGGAUCAUCAUGCUGUCAAAGCUCUGAUUGAGAUGAUGAAGAACCAACACGUCGUAAGGACCUACGUCCGAGAGCUGAUGGAGACUUACAAGAAGGACAAGGAAGAGAGAGCUAAACUCAUCCAUCCAAAGCUGGUUGCCAUCUCAAAGCAACUGCCAGAGCCCAACAAAGCCAUCGAUCAUCUCAAGAAACUGACCUCCCUCCUUGAGGAGGACCUGAAGGCUAGAGCAGCCAUGGAGAAGGUCGUUGACCCCAAGGUGACCUGCAAACGGGCCAAGCAGUCGGUCAGUGAAGUAUUGAAGAAGUUUGGCAACCCCAGCCAGUCCACGCCGACCUUUGACGCCCUCAAGACAUUGAUGGAGAGAAUCGCUCCGUUGGUCAUCGACGCAAACGCCAUCAAGGAACUCAUCGGCAUCGUCUCGGAUCACGUCGAGGGCAUCGCCGAUCCCUUCGAGGAGCGAGCUGAAGAAAGCACAGAAGUCCGAGGCCUGAAACUCCUUCAGACUCUAGCCCCUGUAUUCCCAAGUGCCUUCCGGAGCGAUGACAGCUUUAAUCAGCUCAUCUCCAUGCUGAAGAACGAAGACGAUACCGUCUCAGACGUAGCGCUCCAAAUCUUCAUCAAUACCGGGGAGCAUCUGAAGGAAGAGUUCCCAAAUGUUGCGUCGUGCCUCUUACCCAUUCUGAUCAGCAAGGCAAAGACUGGUAUCCCGUCCCAAGCAAAGCACGCCAUCCGAUGCAUCAACGUGGUGCUAGGCAAGAAUAAACUCCCUGUGUUCCAACAACUGUAUGAAAGUCUCCAGAAGUGCUUAAACUUGGACCAUGAGCACCAUCUGACGGCAUUGGCAGCAGUGGGAGAGAUGGCUAGACUGGCUCCGGAGAUCUGCAGUAGUAUGAAACCUGCCAUAGCUAACAGUAUCGUCAAGGGGCUACUGAUGCUAGACCAGACGGAAGGAAGUCAUCUUAGAGGCAUCUGGUGCCAUGACAACCAGGUUGCCGAGGAAACCCUGGCCAAGAUUGCAGCAAUGAAGCUGCUUGUCCAUUGGUUGGAGGGACUGCGUAGUACCCAGGAUACCUCACCAUGCAUGUCUACCAUCAGACUACUCAUGACUAUGAUCAAGAACGAGGGGGACCUCAUGGAGAGAAAAGUCAUCAGUCCUGCAGACAUGUCUCGUUUGAGGCUAGCAGCAGCCUGCUCCAUGCUGAAGAUUGCCCAGGUCCCUGGCUAUCAUGAGCUGGUCUCCACUGAGAAUUUCCAAAUCCUAGCUCUCAUGAUCAAUGAUGAAUGUUACCAGGUGCGUGAACGUUUUGCCCGCAAGCUCAACAAGGGUCUAAGCUGCCUGCGUCUACCUCUCAGCUACAUGUCCAUCUUCAGUCUCUGCGUCAAGGAUCCAGUCAAGGAGAGCAGGGCUGACGCCAAGCAGUACCUGAGCAAGAAUAUCCAGAAUAGGAGGGAGUAUCUCAAACAACACACCGUGGAAAAUGCUCAUCUACUAACCCUUCUUCCAGAGUAUGUCAUCCCGUACACAAUCCAUCUCUUAGCUCAUGAUCCCGACUUCAGUAAUCUCAAGGACUUGGAGGGAUUGCGAGACACUAAAGAGUGCCUGUGGUUUAUCCUGGAGCCGUUGGUCAGCAAGAGUGAUCAUUGUAACUUCCUGAGGAAACUGGUUGAAACCAUCAAACAGAUGAAAGACGCCCAGAACCCCGACGAUAGGGGAGUCAACAAGAAACUCUACGCCGUCUGCGACAUCGCCCUGGGUCUUCUGUUGAGCAAGACGACAGCCUUCGCCCAGAAGGAGCACCCAGUCAAACCUCUCCUCCCCAAGCAGCUCUUUACCAAACCCAGGAAACCUCUCACGAACACGGAGAGUGUACUGCCUAAGAAGAUGCAAGAAGAGUUCACCGCGGAUAAGAAGAAGAAAAAUCCAACUGACAAACUCCUAGAGACCCCGCCCCCGAAAGGUGCCAAAGCUGGCAAGAAAGCCCAGAAGACAGACCCGACGACACCCACGAGUCCUGCCUCACCAGCCCCGCCCACACCCAAGGCACCCAGGGGUGAUGAGAACAAACCAAAUAUGGUCAGCAGUCGGCGGUCAUCAAGAACGGACUCCAGAAGCAACAGUGAAGCAAAGCAAAAUGACAAUAAAAGGAAAGGGUCGACAAGGUCGCGAGGCAGUGCCCUGGCAGAGAACAACGCCAACAGCUCCAUGUCCACAUCCUCCCCUGCCGCCUCCCCAAAGAAACCCCAGCGAAAAAGACCAAUCCAGAAACCCAUCAAGGAGUUCCUAACGAGAAGCAAAACCGGUACCUCAUCCUCAUCAGUAUCCUCCCCAGACUCCAGCCCCACCAAGUCGCCCCGGAAGAGACCAGCCAGCCAAUCGAGAACGGAUUCUCCUGCUGCCAAGAAACCUAAAACCAAGAGCCCGGCUGUCAAGAGCGCACAGACUAAAGUCGCUCAAGCCAAAGCAGCAAAGGCUAAAACUCUAGCAGUGAAGAAACUCAGGGCAGCCGCAAGCCCCUCCAAAAGUUCCUCCGGUAGUCCCGCCAAAGCCAGCACAUCGAAAACGACCAAGACAACAGGGACAAAGAAGACUCAGGCAACUGAUAAAACUAAGAAAUCACCUACAAAAGCACCCGCUACACCUGUCAAAAAGACUUAUGCGACUAAGAAGAGUGCUCAAUCACCCAGCCCAACUAAGAAACCGCUUUCAAGUCCGACAAAGAAAACCACUGCGUCGCCAACCAAGAACGCAGGCUCCAAAGUUGCUGCGGCCAAAAGUACAGCUCAGAAUUCAGGUCGGAAUACAGUAAAGAAACCAACGCCAAAGAAAAUUACAGGUGCUAGACUCAGCAAUGGUUCAAUUUCAUCUUCUCCUAAAAGGAGUACCUUGAGACGAAAUUCCUUGAACAACAAGCUCAGCCUGGCCAGUAGACCCCAGAGACCUUCUUCCUCGUCAUCCCCUCAAGCCUCCCCGGUCAGAUACUCCCCCCGCAAAUCCGUCCUGGCAGGACCGCUCACCACCUUCCAGAAACGUCGCGCCCCAUCCAAGCCAUCCCCUAAGAAAUCGCCAUCAUCAUCAUCGGCUAAAAGCACAGCGGCAUCAUCAUCAUCGGAGGAGGACAGGCGGAAGAAGGUGAAGAGAAAACUGGAUGACGUGGAUGGCUCUGGUGACAAGUCAUCAUCCAGCAACGCGACACCGCCGCCGAAGAAACUCAAACAGACCACUCUGAGCUUCAACUUGAGGAAAGCGAGUCGCAAGGGUUCAUCACCUGGUGUGAAUGGUGUGGAUACCAGUGAUGAGGAUACCAAUGAAUCAUCUGGCAGCACGCGUCGUCCUAGCAGGCAAGACAGGGCGUUGGCACGUGCCAUUGAAGCAGCAGGGAGCAAGGCAACAAUGCCACAAGCCAAAACACCACUCAGUAUCCGUCGCAGCAAUCGUCGACGGAAGCGCUGAAGACCAAGGAACAUGAUGUAAGUUCUGCACAAAGUAAGAUAACCAGUUUCCCCUUGACCAAACUGAAAAAAGGAAAAGUCACUUAAUUAGUCCAUGUAAAUUUGUAACAGUUGUUAAAAUGAAUGUCAAGAAACCACAUAUCAUAGUUAGGCAGCUGAUUAUUGUCAUUAAUGAUAAAAUUGAUUCACUUGCCAAACUGUCCACAAACAAUUUUAUAGUGAUAAAAUCAAACUGUAUGGAAGGCAGAAACAAUAGAAAGUUAAUUAAAAUCAACUGUCAUUACUGUUGUUAGCAUGUAGUGCUACUUUCUCUAGGCAACAGAAAAUAUUUUUAAAAAAAUUACCAAUCCUCGAAAUUAAACUGAAACAAAAUUAUCAAUUAAUACGAAUAUGUCCACCACAGCCAGUGCACGAAUAAUCCCCAAAACCUUUCCCGCAAAAGAUGUAAGUAACUGUACAUAUGUUGAUAUUACUUUCCAAAGUAUAAAUAUUUACGUAAAAUAUCAGGUCAGAAUUCAUCCAAAUCAUAUCAUCCUGUUUGAGUUUGCUUUGUGUUUUGUUUAACUUGUAUGACGCAUUCACUUUGCCAAUGAAUCAAAUUUUUCGUCGGAAUUUUGCUCGUAGAUACGCAAGUGAAAAAAGAAGGUGUAGUAAAGUUAAUUUAUAGUGGUUGAAACAUGGUUUAGAUGUAAAUUGGUGAAACGACCUUGAAAAGCGAAUAUGGAGUUUCAAACCUUUUAACAACUAAGACAUACAUUUGAAUUAUUAUCUUUUUUGGGGGACUGUAGAACUGGUAUUUAAUUUAGCGUUCACUUUUGUUCAAGUUCCCAUUAGAGCCAGUAAUAAUUAUUGAACUAACAGUGGAGAAGUUUGAAUUCCCGUAGUUUAACCACCCAUGAAUAUUUAACAAUUGAAUUCAUCUUUAAACUAUUCUUUUAUUGUAAAUAUUAAAGUGAAUACUUAUUAUUGUCACAGACAAGAUUGAACUCAUUUUCAAAUCCUUGUACAUUCCUCUUUUGCAUUUCGGUUUGUUUGGUAAAAGUCCAUCCAUCACUUUUCAAAUACUGACUUUAGCAAUAAUCUUUUAGUUUUUCCUUUUUUUCCCUUAAUGAGUCGUCAACAACAGUGUUAUUUUAAUGUGUAAACGUUCAUGCGCGUCAAUAAGAAUUUUGUGUACAGUGCCAGAACAUUUGGACUGUCUCAGAGGACCAUUGUAUGUGUGCUUAUGACAUCGAUUUUCAAUUCUGUUUAGUUUUCCCCAGCAAAACAAAGACAUUUAGGGGUCUAAAGUUUAGAAAAAGAGUGUGUUGGUCAAAUGAUUAAAAAGCUGUCACCAAUGAUUUUUCUGAUCAGAAAGGUUUCAGUUUAAAGUUUAUUACGAGUGAAACAUAUAUUUGAACUUUUUUGAAUUUUUAUUUGUUUGCAUUAAUCUGGUAAAAAAAAUGGGUUUGAUUCAAAAAAGGAAAUGAUUUUUGCUGUACAUGUAUGUGCAUGGCAGUCAAAUUGAAGCAUUGUUUGAAUUUCAACCAUGAAGUACAGUUACUAACAAAAUCCUUAUUUUUCUCACAAACACAAUAAAUGGUCACCUUUUAGAGUGAAAAUACUGCUAGCAUAGUGGUGUUCAAUUAUUAUUCUUUUUAUACUUAAUUUCUUUUCAUUAAUAGUGCUCUGAUUUUGGUUUUUAAAGUAAACUUUGUAAAUAUUGUAACAGUAGUUUUUCAGAAUGAAUUUGUAUUUUGGUUCACCCACAAAGCGUGUGUUCAAGCAGUUGUUUUUUGGAAACUUAAAAUAUAGAAUUUGUCCAGGUUUUCUGCCAUGUUUUUAUCAUGUCUCAUUGACAGUUUUUUUUUAUUGCCGCUGAUGUUGUGUAUAGUUAUAUAUCAUGGCGUUGUAAGAGUUAUAACUUAUUAAGUCAUGAUAUUUCUCAACUUGCUAACCCAUUGAAUGAAUUCUUUGCUUGAUAAAAUGAUUGCCUUUUUUUUGCAUAUUGCCACGUAGUGGUUGGUUGUGUUACAGAGCAGUUUGGUUCAAGAUUGCAAGAUCAGUGUUAUCCUGAUGUGUUCUGCAAGAGUUUCUAAUGCUUGCUUGAGGAGUAUCUGAUGCAAAGGAAUAAAUUAAAUUUGUAGUUUUUGGAACCAUG